AUGCCCGCACCGAGGCCAUCCCAGAGCGCAGAGGCCGCUCGCGCAGCUGCUCUUCAAGCUGAGUUCAACGAGAAAAAGUGGGUUUGGGUUCCCGACGACAAAGAUGGCUAUCUCGCAGGCUGGGUAAUCAAGGAGGAGGAGGAUAUCGGCGAGGUUGUGAUUGCCUCUGGAGGAGAGAUCCGCAGACUCCCACUCUACGCACUCUCCAAGAUGAAUCCGCCCAAAUUCGACCGCGUAGAUGAUAUCGCAGACCUCACAUUUCUCAACGAAGCUAGUGUUGUACAUAAUCUUCGUCUCAGAUAUGGUUCCGGAGCAAUAUACACAUAUUCAGGAUUAUUCCUGGUCGCCAUCAACCCAUACCAGGCACUACCACUUUAUUCCGACGCUAUUGUCCACCAAUAUCGUGGUAAACGGAGAGACGAGAACCCACCGCAUAUAUUCGAAAUAGCAGAACGCGCCUGGAUCAACAUGGGCGACGAGCGCGAGAACCAGAGCAUCCUCAUCACCGGUGAAUCCGGUGCAGGUAAGACGGAAAGCACCAAGAAGGUCAUCCAAUAUCUCGCAGCGAUCGCGACCGAUACCCACCCACCCUCUACGUCCUUACAUUCUGCCUCACCAUCACUCACAUCCUCCUCGUCGUUUGGCGCAAUAGUAUCUUCUACAGGUCUCCCGAGGAACAGCUCCCUUAUCAAGAAGCACGGAAAGCAGACGUCUAUGUCUGCGUCGAGUUCCGGGCUCACCGCUAAAGGCCGUCUUGGACUGCUCGAACGGCAGAUUUUGCAGGCAAAUCCUAUACUCGAAGCGUUUGGCAAUGCACAGACACAGAGGAACAAUAACUCCAGUAGGUUCGGCAAGUUCAUACGGAUAAGCUUCUCCCCGGACGGCAGCAUUGCUGGAGCAAACAUUGAUUGGUAUUUGCUGGAGAAGAGUCGUGUUGUCGUUCGUACCGAGGCCGAGCGGAGUUUCCACGUUUUCUAUCAGCUAAUGGAGGGCGGAGGUAAUCUGAAAGAAACGCUGCUGCUGGACGGCGGCGUUGAAGACUACGAAUACCUGAACAAGAGUAGGAGGGAAGUAGACGGCAUCGAUGAUAGCGAAGAGUGGAAGGCACUCAAGAACGCGCUGGAUGUCGUCGGGUUUUCAGCCGCGGAACAAUUCGAGCUGUUCCGCAUCGUUGCAGCAAUCCUACACAUUGGCAACAUCACUAUCACAUCGACGCGCUCCGACGACGCGGUCAUGCCAGAUCCGUCGCAGGCGGAACGUGUCUGCCACCUUCUGGGCGUUCCGGUUGCGGAGUUCACCAGGGCCGUCCUUCGCCCUCGCGUGCUCGCCGGUAGAGAGUGGGUCACACAGGCGCGGACGCAGCAGCAGGCCCUGGACGAGCUGUCUGCGCUGUGCAAGACCCUCUACGAGAAGUCGUUCGGGCAGCUCGUCGACCGCAUCAACCGCGCGCUCGACCGGCCGUCGUCCAAGUCGACGUUCAUCGGCGUCCUUGACAUUGCCGGGUUCGAGAUCUUCGAUAUCAACGGGUACGAGCAGCUGCUUAUCAAUUACACUAACGAGAGGCUGCAGCAGUUCUUCAACCACCAUAUGUUCGUGCUUGAGCAGGAGGAGUACACGCGCGAAGGGAUCGAGUGGGAUUAUGUCAACUUUGGACUGGAUCUCCAGCCCACCAUUGAUCUCAUUGAGACCAGCGGUGCGACAAUUGGUGUGCUGAGCCUUCUUGACGAGGAGUGCAUUAUGCCGAAGGCGACUGACCUUACGUUCACGAAUAAGCUACACGGGUUGUGGGCCAGCGAGCCGCUCCCGGGAGAGGAGCCUCAUCCGGGAUGCUCGAAGUACGAGUCUGCGCGAUUCGACCAGGGUUUCAUAGUUCGCCAUUACGCCGGCAGAGUCGAGUACAGGACGGACGGAUGGCUGGAGAAGAAUAAGGAUCCGCUGAACGACAACCUGACACGUGUGCUGGCGUCGUCCUCGGAGCGAUACGUAUCCUCUUUGUUCUCCGAGUACGGCGACGCACCAUCCAUAGUCUCUGGCUACGUCCACGCGCUCACGGUGGGUAAGAAGCGCGUUACGAAGAAGGGGGCAUUCAGGACGGUCGGCCAGCGCCAUAAGGAACAGCUGGCUGGCUUGAUGACCCAACUCCAAGCUACGCAGCCGCAUUUCGUGCGCUGUAUCGUCCCGAAUGCAUUGAAGAAGCCCGGACGCGUCGACGUCCCGCUUGUCCUUGACCAGCUGCGGUGCAACGGCGUCCUUGAAGGCAUCCGUAUCGCGCGCCUCGGAUACCCCAACCGUCUUCCUUUUGUUGAUUUCCGGCAGCGCUACGAGGUCCUCACGCCUGGCGUCAUCCCACGCGGCUACAUGGAUGGCCGGAAGGCGUGCCUCCGGAUGGUAGAUGCGCUCGACUUGGACAAGUCGAUGUUCAGAAUCGGCACCUCCAAGAUCUUCUUCAAGGCAGGUGUACUGGCGGAGCUGGAAGAACGGCGGGAUGCGCUGCUCUUCGAUGUGUUCUCCAGGCUGCAAGCUGUGGCCAGGAUGUUUACGGCGAGGCGGCAGAUGAAGAAGGUGCUCAACCGGGCGGUCGCAAUUCGCACCAUUCAACGUAAUGCUCGUGUCUAUGGAGAACUGCGAGAUUGGCCGUGGUGGCAGCUUUAUACCAAGGUUCGCCCACUUUUGACAGCCACUCGUAACGACGACGAGCUCCACAAGAAGGAGGCAGAACUUGCUCUCGCGAAAGAGCGAGCGGAACGUGACCAGAAGGAGAAGGAGGCUCUUGAGAGCCUCAAGAUGCGCCUUGAAGCCGAAAAGGGCAAGGUGGAGGAUGAGUUAGAAGCCGAACGCGCCCUUAACCUUGACAAGGAUUCACUCCUUGAUCGCGGCAAGAAGCGCGAAGCAGAACUGGAAGAUGAAGUUGCUGCGCUGCAGGCGGACCUCGAUAUGCUCGACUCACAACUCGACCGAGCCCUCAAGCUGCAGAAGGAGAGUGAGGAGAAGCACGAGGCGCUCCGGCUAGCCUUUGACCAAGCCGCCGAGCAUCUAGUUCGGUUGGAGACUGAACAACAGGAGUGGUCUGCCAGGGAAGCCGAACUUGCUGAGUACCUGGACCGAGCGCGGCAGCAGAUUGACGCACUAAACGUUGCAAAAGACGGGUUGCAGAAGCAGGAUGACGACCUCAAGAGUUUACUCGCGCAGCGCGAAGAGGACCUGUCUCGCACGAAGGACCGGAUGGAUGUGGCGCUGUCCGAAUUGGAUGGCAAACUCAGCGCAGAGCUGAGGAACAGGGACGCACUCCGCGGAAAAGCGGACUCAGUAGAGCAAGAGGCUCGCCAGGUCAAAGAGCAACUCUCCGAAAUGUCGCGCACUGCUACAGAGUAUUCGAACAUGAUUAAGCGGAAGGAGGACGAUAUCGUGCGGCUGACUUCGGAGCUGGAAUCAUCCAAAGUAGAGCGCAAUCGUUCAUUGAAGGAAAUCAACGAGCUUCAAGUCAAAGUUGACACCCUUACAUCCGAAUUGUCGGCUCAGCAGAAUGACCGUACACGCCGCGCUGCUGCUCAAACGAAGUUGCAGGAAGAACUUGAUGAACUGCGCUCACUCCUCGAAGCCAAGACCACCGAGGAGACUCGUCGUGGGGAGGUGGAGAAGCGGAAGGACCAGGAGCUUCUUGACUUACGCAGCCAAGUCAGCAAAUUGUCCGAAGAGCUUGAGGAAAAUCGUAGGACUACAGCCGAAGACCAGAAUAAGUUGAAGGUGGACCUGGAUACCAUCAGACGAGAAUACGACUCAUUACUUGCGAGCCACAAGUCCUUAUCCGAGCGCGAGCGGUCGGUCCAAGCACAGUUAAGAAAUGCUGAAGCUUCCCUUUCUGAGACUGACAAGUCGAGACGGGCGUCGGAAUCCGAGCUGCAGUCCAUCCGUUCCCGCCAGAUCGAUACUGAUAGCCAGCUAGCUGAUUUACAGAAGGCUAAAGAGGCUUUGGAACGCCAACUUGUCACAGCGCACUCCAGAUAUGCAGAUUUUGAAGACGCUGUACUACAGCUGGAACGCGAUAAGGGAGCGCAUGAUCGACAGCUAGACGUCGUCAAGAAGCAACUAGAGCAAGAAUCUGCGAAGCGUACUCAACUGGAGCGUCAGAGUUCAAAUCAGAAGGCCGAGCUCGUUAGGUUGAAAGACCACAAUGUCAAACUGGAUAGAGAUCUCAAUAAAGCGCUGUCGGACCUUAAGGCACGCGAAUGGGAGGUCAAGCAACUGGAAUCUAAACAGGACAAGACAAUCGUCGAACAUGUACACGUGCUUGAGGAAGCGAAACGCGUCACUGAUCGCCAGCUGGCCGACGCUCAAGAAGAACUCACGAAGAACGCGGUCUACAUCCGAUCUCUGGAGAAGGCGAAGAGCAGAUUCAUGACGGAAGCCGAAGACUUGGCUCGCGAGAAAGAGCAGGAGCAGGUCGAAUUGAGAGCCAAGAGCAAAAAAAUCAAGGCGGAAGAAGAGAGAGCCGCUCGUGCCAUCGCUGAUCUGGAAAAGGAGCGACGGGCCAGGGAGGCAGCCGAAUUGCAACUGAAGCGGCUACAGAGCGCUCUACACAUGGCUGAAGGUCAACUCUCUGAUGUCACGACUCAGUUAUCCACUGUCCAAAAGGCCAGGGACAGCCUAGAUGUCGAACUAACCCGCCUGGCGGACGAGACAGUGUCUUCUCAUUCUGUGCAGAAACUGCAGCGCCAGUACGAAGUUCGAAUCGGUCAGCUCGAAGGGCAACUGGAGGAGGAAACAUUCGCAAAGACGAUGGCUGCGACGAUCAAAGAACAUGUCGAUCGCCAGCAUACGAAGAUUCGUCGUCUUAUUAUGAGCAGCAGUCCUAUCGAUGAAUCAUUCAAAUCACGUUUACUGGAGGAAUUGCGACGAACAGAUGAAGAGAUGGGGAGGGAUUUGUCCAACCGCUCUCAACAGAUUCGCAGCAAUACAGGUUCGACCACUCGCACCAUGGCUAAUAUCGCGUCAUCCAAUCGUCCGACCAAUGGAACUGCACGAAUGCGCCGUGAAUCGCUUCCUGAUAGCUCCCGCACCCCAGAUAAAUUCGCCCAAAUCAACGCUCUGCGGAAUCAAGUUCAAGUUCUCGAGCUACAAAUAGCAGCCUCGAAUCGGGUUCGCCAAUACCUAGAGGUGUCACUGAGAGAUGUAACAGCGGAGCUGGAGAGUAGCGAUGGUUCCAAACAAUCCCUCGACCAGUGCAGAAUACGUCUCGCAAGGGAAAAUUCCCGCCUUGCAAAGCUGCUCGAGGACGAGGCAGAAGCACGUCGUGCAGCCGAAGCUGCACAGCUUAACGGAGUGCAGGCAAUGUGGGACAAGUUCCAAGCUACCAUUCAAGAAGAGAGGGACAGCAACUUCCGUCUGGAAGAGUCGCGAAAAGCUCUCAUGGUUCAGCAACGGGCCACUCAGGUUGAACUGGAAGAUCAUCGCCACCAAGUCCAAGAGCUUUCCCUCUCCAAGAAGCAGCUUCAGUCUCAGAUUGCUGAUCUGACAGAACGGCUGGACGCGGAACUUGUCACUAAGAAUGACGAGUUAGCUUCGAAAAGGCAGCUACAACUCCGUUUGCAAGAGCUGGAACUCACGUCGUCUGCAUCGUCCACUAUCCAUAACGAAUUACAACAAGCUAUGGAGACAUACAAGCAGUUGGCCGACUCGUACCUUAAGAAAUUGGAUGAGGCUGAGAUUGCUAAAGCCAAGGCGGCUCGAGCUGAGUCUCUUGCCCGCCGCGCAUUGGACGACGCUGAAAAGGGCAUGUCAGAGGCAGUGGCUGAAGCACGAGCUGUGACCGAGCGAUUACAGGCCACCGAAGAUCAUGCGCGCGACCUGGAGGCGAAACUCGAUGCCGAAGGACUAGAAUCUUCUGACCUCGAGCUACUGCGUCAACGUCUCGCCGAGGAGAUGGAGGACGAGCGCAAGCAACACCAACAGGAUCUGGCUGAACGUGACUUUACAGCGGACCAGACCCGCAAGAAAUACCAAGCCGAGUUAGCCCAGCUUUCUGAAGAGUUGCAAUCCCAGCGUGACACUAUGAGCAGACUGCGGGAAGAGAACAGGAAACUUCGGUCUGAUCAUGAUGAGCUUCAACUCAGGUACGACGACGAGGUGUACAAUGGCGGCUCUUGGAAGAAAGACAAGGAACGCUUGGAGACCAAGAUACAAGACCUGACUAAAGCCUACGACGCAUCUUCGGCUGCGCAAACUGAGCAGCAGUCACAAAUUGUCUCACUACAUUCUCAGGUCCGCGAACUGCGUGGAGUGUUGAAUGACGCAGAAGCAGACAGGGCAUUGCUGCAGAAGGCCCGCCGAGCUUUGCAAGCUGAACUCGAGGCAAUUAAAUUGGACAGCGUGGAUACCAGCAAGAUAUCAUCAGAUACGGAGCUGCAGAGGCUUCGGCUAGAGAAGCAAGAUCUUCAACGUUCUUUGGAAGAGCAAGAAGAUCGCGUCGCCAUGGCAUCUGAGCGCAUGAAGAAGGCGGAAGGUCACACUAAUGAAUGUCAGGUCGAACUAGGGAAAUUGCGAGUGGAGAAUUCAGAACUUGACAAAUUCAACGCUAGCCUGGAAAAGCAAAUCAAGGAUUUGAAUGUUCGGAUUGUAGACUUGGAAACAAGAUCACUUAACUCUCCAAGGCCUGCUUCCACAUCCAGACGGCACGACAGUAGGGUCGAGGAGCUUACCAACCAACUCAACCAAAAUUCGAAGGAUAGUUCUAGGUUCUAUCGCACAGCUGACAAGAAUGCCCGCGACGCGAAAUUCCAACUGGCUGAAGCAGAUCGCCAACGGGUUCGACUGGAGGAGCAGGUCAAGUCAUAUGAAACCAAGCUCGUUGGCAUGCGACAGGCCAUGGACGAACUGCAAACGUCGGAGAAUAACUUGCAGCUCGAGAAAAGGAGAACGGAACGUGAGGCUGCGGAUUACAAGCAGAAAUCAUUGAAUUUGGAACGGGAAGUCGAGCGACUGCGCAGUCGCCUGGAGCGUCCUUCCAGCGCGAUGCUCGGCUCACCUGUGAGCUCUCCACGAAAGUGA